AUGUUUGAUCUCUCAUCCGACACAUCAUCUCAUCUGAACUUUUAUUUCAAUUUCUCUCAACUCAUCCCUUCAGACGAACACAUAAUUGAAGCCGAGUUUCAUAUCUAUAAACUUAAAUCCCAUACAAAGCUUAUUGAAAGACGUGAUGAUCCCAAACACAAUCUUCUAGAGAAUGGGUUGAUAUCAAGCAUUGAUGCGAAUAACGCCUAUAAUUGCCAACAGAAAUACAAAGUAAAAGUAUACCAAAUAUUAUCAAAAGACAACUCAAAUAAGAGAUUACUUGACGUGAGAAGAAUGAGCACUCAUUCUAUCGGUUGGGAUGUGUUUUACGUAAAACAAGCGGUUUUAGAUUGGAUUAACGAUCCGAACACUAAUUAUGAGCGUAAAUACACUAUUAAAUAA